AUGUCAGGUCCACCACCACCUACCUUACCUACUCCCCACCCCACCCCAACCCCCACACUCGCCCCAGCCGCACCUGGGCCUGGACCGGCAUCAGCAUCAGCUACACCCGUGCCGCUGGUGCCUCCACCAUUCGCACCCCCGGGUUUCCUACUCCCUCCGGUACCACCGCCUUGGACCGAGCACAGAGGUCAGUAGCUGAGGAUGUUUCAAGUUGAAUCGUGGAAGCCUACCUGAUCAAGUGUUGUGAUUGGGUGUAAGCAGCCCCCGCGGGUCAACCGUAUUGGUUCAACCCGAUCACGAACGUCUCGACUUAUGUCCGACCAUUACCACCUCCAGCGCCCGUACCACCCGGUGUACCACCGAUGUUGAACCCACCCCCUCUGCAUUUCCCUUCCGCAUCCACCUCCUCAGUUCCGACGAAGAAGGAGAAGGAGAAGAAGGAGAAGAAAGAGAAACCCAAGACCAAACUCGAGAUCGAAGGCACGGACUGGAUCGAAGUGACGACGAACCAGGGGAAUGUGUUUUGGUCGAAUAAGGCGACCAAGCAGAGUGUUUGGACUGUGCCGAAGGAGGUGAAGGAGCUGAUGGCGAGGAAGGAGAGGGAAGAGAAGGCGGAGGGGGAGGCAGGGAGAAAGAGGAAGGCGGCGGAGGAGGGUGGGGCUGAGGAGACAGAGGAAGAAGCGGAGAAGAAGGAGGAGUCUACUACGCAGAAGGAAGAUGCACCGACAACAACGAACGAGGUCCCAUCAGCUCCGACAAACGCAUCGGACAGCGCGGCCCCACCCAAGAAAAAGAAAAAGUCCAAAGUCGUUGUCGUGCACGACAUUGAAGAAAUGGAACAGGACGAGGAUUGGCAGCGCCAGAUCGCGGAGGAGAUGGCGAGGGAAGUCGAGGAACAACAGAAGCAGCAGGAACAGGAAGAACAGCAGCAGCAGCCGCCGGAUCAUGUGGGGAGGAGUGUCGGACGACCUCAGGCUGCUGCGGCGCCGCUCGGAGGGUUGGACGUCAGUGCAGAGGAAGGGAUGGCGUUGUUCAAGGUGGGUUCUUUCGGUUUGAACUUGGUAGAAAAGUCCGAUACUGAGACGCUAGGAUUCUUUCGGGUACAGGCUAUGUUGGGCGAGAAGGAGAUCAACCCCAUGGCGCCCUGGGACAUGGAACUGCCCAAAUUCAUCAACGACCCUCGCUACACUGGUCAGCCUCACCGCCAUGUUUACUUUUCCACCAUGAAUACUGUCUGACGGUUUAUUGUCUGCUGAACGCAGCCGUCAAACAACUCAAGGAUCGAAGGGAUCUGUUUGAAGAGUUCUGCAAGGAGAAACUACGCGAGAUCCGCGCGGCCAAAGCCAAAGCCGCUGCCGAGGGAUCAUUACCCAAGCUGGAUGUAAGUGGGGUAUUUAAUGAAGCGCGAAAGCGUUUCCACGAAUUGACCUCGUUUUGGCUGCCAUGCAUAGCCUUUGACCUCUUAUCGAGAGCUUCUCGAAACGGCCGUCACUUCGACCCGAACGCAUUACUCUGAUUUCAAGCGCCGGUACCACAAGGACCCUCGAUUUCGCAACUUUGGAAAGACCGAGGGGGAGAAGGAGAAGGUGUUCAAACAAUGGUUGCGCGAUUUGGGGGAGAAGAAGCGCGCGGAUGCGAAUAAGGCUGAGCAGGCGUUUAGGGAGAUGUUGGGUGAGGAUGCGACGAUCAAGUUGAGUGAUCAGUGGACUGAGGUCAAGGCAAGGUUCGCGAAAGAUGCGAGGUAUGGAGGGGUUGCUUCGGCUUCGCAGAGGGAAGGGUUGUUCGAGGCGCAUCGCAAGUUGUUGGGUCAAGGGUCGAACGGAGCGAGCUCAUCGAAGGGUGCGCCGGCUUCCACUUCGACUUCGACAACGAAACCGACGUUGACGAAAGAAGAACGAGCGGCUCGAGCAGCUGCGAGUCUACGAGAAAGGGAGGAACAAGUCCGAGCUGAGAAGGAAAGGACGUCGAGGCAAGCCCGAGCGGCGAAAGGAAAUCUAGGUCGGGAAGAAGGGGAACGCGAGUUUGGGACCUUGUUGGUGGAUCAGGUUCGGGAUCACAACGCUCGAUGGGAGGAAGUGGUUCCUUUCCUUUCGAAAGAUACCCGUUUCACCGAUUCGCCACUUUCGGUUCAUGAUCAAAGGCAAUUGUUCGAUCUGCACCUCAAGACCUUGUACAGCAAGCGACUUGCGGUCGUCGAGGAUCUAUUCGCUCAACAUGCUUCAACGAUGACGACGCGAUUCGAGACAAUCCUUCCCAGCCUCGCUGACUCACUCCACGUCAUUCGCCUCGUCGAAAAGGACUAUGAUCGUCUCGAACACCUCUACGAAGCCUGGCUCCGCAAAUGGGCCGAUCGAGCGCGGCGCGAAUUCGACGAGUUGUUGAAAGAAUCGGCGAUUCUGGAGCACUGGGGUCGUUUGGCCAAGCAUGAGGAUUUGGACAAGGUCAAAGUGAUGGGCGAGGAAGGGGCGGAGGAUUCCGAGGAUGAGGAUGAGAUGCCGAGUAUUGUCGAGAUGGCCAAGCAGGUCGAUCUACCGGCGAUUCAAAAAGUGCUACGCGUGAGUCGGGUCACUGCACGGUGCAAACAUUCGCAUCAGUUCCUGUGCACUGACCCGUGUUGGCAUCAUGUCUUUGUUCCCACAGCAUGACAAAAGGUAUCUGGUGUUUGAUCACGUGUCGGAGAAAAGGGAGCAGUGGCUCAAGGAGUAUUUGGCGAAUUUGUCGGCGCCGAAACAGACGGUGCAUCAGAAGGAGUAG